CGCUCCCCGCACUUAACCCAUCCCGCGGCGCCCCGCCGCGCUCAGCCGCGCCGCCCGCCCCAGCGGCGCCUCCGCCAUGGAGCGGCUGCCCGCGCCGCCGCCGCUCUGCCUGGGCAAGCUGCCCGCCCGCGAGCCCGCCGCGCCGCCCGGGCUGGACUUCGCCCACAUGUACCAGGUGUACAAGCCGCGCCGCGGGCUGAAGCGCAGCGACGACGCCAAGGAGACCUACAAGCUGCCGCACAGGCUGAUCGAGAAGAAGAGGCGCGACCGCAUCAACGAGUGCAUCGCCCAGCUCAAGGACCUCCUGCCCGAGCACCUCAAGCUCACGACGCUGGGGCACCUGGAGAAGGCGGUGGUUCUGGAGCUCACGCUGAAGCACGUGAAGGCGCUGACCAACCUCAUCGAGCAGCAGCAGCAGAAGAUCGUGGCGCUGCAGAGCGGCUUGCAAGCGGGGUGCCUCGGAGAGCGUAGUGGAGCUACUGAGCACGCUGCUGAUCUUGAACUUCUUUCCGCCGCUGUUUCCUCAGGCGACCUGUCCCCGAGGAGCCUCGACUCCAGCCAGGAGAUGUUCCGCUCCGGCUUCCAGAUGUGCGCCAAGGAGAUGCUGCAGUACCUGGCCAAGCACGAGGGCGGCAAGGAGCUCAAGGGCUCCCAGCUGGCCGGCCACCUGCACCGGCUGGCCUCCGAGGGGCUGCCCGCCGGCCGCAAGCCCCCCGCCGCCCCCCCGCAGGCGCUGGGCCCCAGGGAGAAGUCGGGCUGCGCGGCCGAGGGGCAGGGGAAGAACUGCGUGCCGGUGAUACAGAGGACGUUUGCUCCCUCCGGCGGCGAGCAGAGCGGCAGCGACACGGACACGGACAGCGGCUACGGCGGGGAGCUGGAGAAAAGCGACCCCAAGUCGGAGGAGCCGUACUUUAAAAAGGACACGGAGCUGCGGUACGCCGUGCAGGAGAGGAUCGGCUCCAUUAAGCAGGAGACCGAGGACCCGCCGGCCAAAAGGACCCGGAUGGAGACGCCCGAGGACGACGGCCCUUUCGGCGGCGACGCGCUCGGCCCCGCGAGCGGCUUCCUGGGCGCCCACGCGCACCAGCCGCCCCUGUGCCUGCCCUUCUACCUGAUCCCGCCGUCCGCCACCGCCUACCUGCCCAUGCUGGAGAAGUGCUGGUACCCGGCCUCCGUCCCCGUCCUCUACCCCAGCCUCCCGGCCUCCGCCGCCGCGCUCUCCGGCUUCGUGAGCCCGGACAAAAUCUCCCCGCCGCUGCUGAUGCCCCAGAGACUCCCCUCGCCGGCCCCGGCCCCUUCGCCCCUCGACUCCUCGGCGCUGCUUCAGGCCCUGAAGCACAUCCCCCCCUUGAACUUGGAAACCAAAGACUGAGCACGGCGGGACUUUUCCAGCGCUUCAGACUGGUUCACUUUUAUAUAUUGGCUGAACUGAGGUGUGGGGACGAGGUUCGCUGCGCGUAGGAAGCUAAAUCCCCCUUUGACGUGGCGGGUGGCUCGGAGGAGGACGAAGGACGCACCCGGGCUAGCUCUUCGGAAGCAUCUCCGAAAGGAAAAGCAAAAAAAAAGAGAAAAAAGGGUUUUGUGCUUUACUCCUUCCCUCCCCGCCUCUGCGAACGACAGCUGACUUAGCCAGCUCGGAUUAUAUUUCAAAGCUGUGAAAAUACUCCAUUAGGCAGAUGUUAGGGUUAGGGCCGCGCGGUGCUUCUCCCGGGGCUGGGCGAGCGCUGGCCCGGCUGCAGGCGCCCGGGCGGCCGGUUCGGGGCCGCUGCCCGCGCUGGGCCCCGCGCGCACACGGAGCGGCACGGGUUUUGGUGCAAGGCCACCAAAAACGCCAGACGAGCACAGCAGCAGGCACCGGUUGGUGAUGCACAGUCGGUGGUUCAGGUAGAUUUAAGACGGGUUUCUCUCCACACCUUUGCUGAUAUAUUAUAUAUAUAUUUUUAAUAAAUAAAACGUAGAUGCUGCUUGGAAGCUUUACAUGGCGUACAUCUAAUAAAUAAAUUAACACGCGCCCCUUCCUGUAACUUGAGCUGCUAGGUUGGGCCGGGAGGGAGGAGGUGACCCGGGAUCACUUUGCUCCUCGCACCUGACUCCGGGCCUCUCGCUGCUGCUGCUGCGCAGCUUCUCUGGGCCCCGCGCGUCUGCAGCGCGGGGUUUGGAGUUGCUUUGGGGGGGGGGAGCCGGUAACCAGCUGUUUUGCGCCUGGGGUAGGAGGGAGCGAUCCAGCUGUGCCCGCUGGAUGUGCCCGUCGGUGCCUCCGGGCCGGGGUUCUCGGAGGAGCCUCGUCCCCGGGGCCGGGCGCCUGGAUCCCUCCCUCUCCUCGGCAAACUCCGGCCCACGUUGCUGUUUGUUUAAAACAGGGUUAGGAUUUUGACACUUGUCCCAUGAAAUCCGAGAACCGUGGGGGUCUCCGCACUGCAGAGAAGCGUUAUGUCCAAUUUGGCUUAAAACAACAAAAAAAAACGCACUGCAAGACCGUGCUGUUUCUGCUCUUGCCAGUCUGGAGACCUCGUGUCCAGGGUAGAUGCCGUCGGGAUUUCCAUUUCGCUCUCCCGUUGCACCAGCUGUUGAGAUGCACUAUGCUUGAUUGCAGAUCGUGUUCUAACGUUUAUUUUGUUGUUGGUUUUCUGUUUUUUUUGGUAUACAGUUGUUGCCUUUAUUUGUAAAAAUCCUGUUAUAAAUAUAUAUAUAUUAUAUAAAUAUAUUAAAAGGUAAAACGUUUCAGAUGUCUAUUAUUUGUAUAACUACUUGAGCAUAAGGACGUGAGGAAUAUGAAUGUAUUCUUGUUUUGGGGGUUGUCUUUUUUUUUCUUUUGAAGAGGUUUUUUGUUUUGUUUUUCUCUAGGGAGAGGUACAGUGUCUAUAUUUUGGAGCCUUCUUCGAGGUGGGAUAUUGUACAUAUUUUUAUCUUGAGUAAAUGUUAAGUAGUUGUUUAAAAAUACUUAAUAAAAUAAUUCUUUUCCUGUGGAA